GGCGACUUUUUUAUCUCAUCGCUGCUGCUGCUGCUUAGGUUGCUCAUCUUCUCCUUCCCUUCGCACGUCGUCACUCUUGAGUAAAAGUUUUAAUUGAGAACCCCCUUUUUCCAUUUUUGUUUCUUUCUGGUCUGGACUGAGCGAUCGGUUUGAGGAGCUGAGCAGCCGGGAAGAUGAGCAUCCUAGGCAACUUCACGGUCAAUAAUGAUCGUGAGGCCACUCACGUUGGUGUCCCUGCACCGGACCAGGUUCCACGACGUCCAUCAGUCCAACACCAUGUCACAGGCACAGCAGACUCGGAAGCGUCGACAAUUGCAGCGAAUACCGAAGGGUUAAGAAACGCUCAUCCAAACAAUGAACGCUCGGACCCAAAAGCAUCUUUUACAGGCACCACGAACCAGAACUCCGAGGCCGUAAGCGAUCUGGAUGACGACCAAGAGUAUGCGAGAAGAGAACAUGAAGUUCAUCAGUUGGCGAGACGCUUCACGGAGCAUUCGGUUUAUUCGACUACGGCCCAGAACCCGUUUAAUGCUCCAGAAGGGUCGGCGCUAGAUCCGAGUGGCGAGCAGUUUAAUGCAAGGGCUUGGUGCAAGGCGAUGCUGCAUCUGCAUACCGAGGACGACAAGGCAUAUCCUUUGCGAACCGCUGGCGUGUCUUUUAAGAGUUUGAACGUCCAUGGGUUUGGUUCUGCCACGGAUUAUCAGAAGAGUGUGGGAAAUGUGUGGUUGGAGGUAGUUGGCCUGGCGAGGAGGUUGAUGGGCGUUGGCCAACGCAAGAUCGACAUCCUCCAGAAUCUGGAUGGGCUAGUGGAGAGUGGUGAGAUGCUCGUUGUUCUUGGGCCUCCGGGAUCUGGAUGCUCGACUUUCUUGAAGACGAUUUCGGGAGAGACUCACGGGUUCGUCGUGGAAAAGAGCUCUUAUAUCAACUAUCAAGGCAUAAGUGCUAAACAUAUGGCUAACGACUUCCGCGGAGAGGCAAUCUAUACAGCUGAAGUUGAUGUUCACUUCCCUAUGCUUACAGUUGGGGACACACUAUCAUUCGCGGCACGUGCACGAGCACCCCGCCAUAUCCCGGGAGGAGUCACCAAGUACGAGUACUCACAGCACAUGCGAGAUGUCAUCAUGGCAAUCUUUGGCAUCUCCCAUACUAUCAACACGCGGGUUGGCAACGACUACAUUCGUGGAAUUUCCGGCGGAGAGCGGAAGCGUGUCAGUAUCGCUGAAGCAGCACUCAGCAAGGCUCCCCUUCAGUGUUGGGACAACAGUACUCGUGGAUUAGAUAGUGCUAAUGCUAUCGAGUUCUGUAAGACGCUUCGGAUGGAGACAGAGAUUACCGGAACCACCGCCUGCGUCGCUAUCUACCAAGCUCCUCAGGCUGCGUACGAUGUUUUCGACAAGGUGCUAGUCUUGUAUGAAGGCCGUCAGAUCUUCUUUGGGCGAACUACCGACGCCAAACAAUACUUCGUUGAUAUGGGGUUCGAUUGCCCAGAUAGACAGACUGACGCUGAUUUCCUCACCUCAAUGACGAGUGCCCUCGAGCGCGUCGUUCGUCAAGGAUUCGAGGAUCGGGUACCACGAACUCCAGAUGAAUUUGCGCAGAGAUGGAAAGACUCUCCUGAACGAGUGCAGCUCAUGCAAGAAAUUGAACAAUACGACCAGAAAUAUCCUAUCGGUGGCGAGCAGUUCCAGAAGUUCAAAGAAUCUAGGCGCGCGCAACAAGCCAAAGCUCAGCGUGUUCAGUCACCUUACACUUUGUCCUACUUGCAACAAGUGUCGCUCUGCCUGUGGCGUGGGUUCCAGAGGCUGAGAGGUGACCCCAGCAUCACGUUUACCCAGCUCUUUGCGAACUCCAUCAUGGCACUUAUCAUUGGAUCCGUCUUCUACAACUUGCAACCCGAUACCAACAGUUUUUACCAGCGCGCUGCUCUUUUGUUCUUUGCUAUUCUCAUGAACGCCUUCGGUUCCGCUCUCGAAAUCUUAACACUGUAUGCGCAACGUCCAAUCGUCGAAAAGCACUCUCGAUACGCACUCUAUCACCCAUCUGCAGAAGCUUUUGCUUCUAUGCUGACGGAUAUGCCAUACAAAAUUUUAAAUGCUAUCACUUUCAACCUGGUUUUGUACUUCAUGACCAAUCUCCGACGAGAGCCUGGGGCCUUUUUCUUCUUCGUUCUAAUAUCCUUUGCCCUCACUCUGGUCAUGUCUAUGCUCUUCCGGUCGAUCGCCUCAUUGUCUCGAACCUUGAGUCAAGCAUUGGCACCCGCUGCGGUUUUAAUUCUAGGUCUAGUCAUGUACACCGGGUUUACUAUUCCGACAGACUAUAUGCUUGGAUGGUCGAGGUGGAUUGGUUACAUUGAUCCUGUCGGUUACGGAUUCGAAUCGCUCAUGAUCAACGAGUUCCAUAACCGCCAAUUCAAAUGCAUGAACUACGUUCCUAGCUACCCGAAUAUCGGAGGGAACAACCAUGUCUGCGCGACUGUCGGGUCCGUUCCAGGGUCCCAAUACGUCGAUGGUGAUAAUUACCUCAAGACAGCAUUUCAAUAUAGCCACGGACAUAAGUGGAGAAAUCUCGGCAUUCUCUUUGUUUUCAUGCUCGGCCUUAUGUUCGUCUACCUCGCGGCUACCGAGUUCAUCACUGCAAAGAAAUCGAAGGGCGAGGUUCUAGUCUUCCGACGUGGUCACAAGCUACUAAAGACCAAGCCCGCGGAUGAUCUUGAGACUGCCGGUGGACAAGGCGUGGCCGUGGAAAAGUCCCAAUCAGAUGACAUCGCUAUCAUUGAACGACAGACGGCUAUUUUCCAAUGGAAGGACGUAUGCUACGACAUCAAGAUCAAAGGCCAGCCUCGUAGGAUUCUUGACAAUGUCGAUGGGUGGGUCAAACCAGGAACCUUGACGGCGCUGAUGGGUGUAUCUGGUGCUGGAAAGACUACUCUUUUGGACUGCUUGGCUACCCGCACUACUAUGGGUGUCAUCACCGGAGAAAUGCUGGUUGAUGGACGUCCUCGAGAUGAAUCGUUUCAAAGGAAGACUGGCUAUGUGCAACAACAGGAUUUGCACCUGUCGACUUCUACUGUUCGAGAGGCCCUUAUCUUCAGUGCGCUCCUCCGUCAACCAGCACAUGUGCCUCGCAAAGAGAAAGAAGAUUAUGUUGAGGAAGUCAUUAAGCUCUUAGACAUGACUGAGUACGCCGACGCCGUCGUUGGUGUUCCAGGAGAAGGCCUCAAUGUCGAACAACGUAAACGGCUAACUAUUGGUGUUGAGCUUGCUGCAAAGCCGGCUCUUCUACUAUUCUUGGACGAGCCUACCUCUGGACUGGAUUCUCAAACAUCUUGGGCUAUUCUUGACCUCCUCGACAAGCUGAAGAAAAACGGACAAGCCAUUCUCUGCACUAUCCACCAACCUUCAGCCAUGUUGUUCCAGCGAUUCGACCGACUGCUCUUCCUUAAGGCCGGCGGUCAGACCGUCUACUACGGCGAUGUUGGCGAGAACUCGAAGACGCUCAUAGACUACUUCGUCCGCAACGGUGGUCCACCAUGCCCUCCUGACGCCAAUCCAGCUGAAUGGAUGCUUGAAGUCAUUGGUGCCGCUCCCGGAUCCCAUACCAAUAUUGACUGGUUCCAAACCUGGCGCAACAGCCCCGAAUACGAAGCCGUCCAAGAACAUCUCGCCGACCUAAAGUACGAGCGCUCGCAACAAGUCAAUCUGCAACGCACCGUCUCAGCCCAAAAGCGAGAAGACAAAGCAAGCUAUCGCGAAUUCGCCGCUCCGUUCGGAGAGCAGCUACGCGCUGUCACAAUCCGAGUAUUCCAGCAAUACUGGCGCACGCCCUCAUACAUCUAUUCAAAAACCGCGCUAUGCGUCCUGUCCGCACUCUUCAUCGGCUUCUCGCUGUAUAAUACGCCAAACUCGAUGCAGGGACUUCAGAACCAGAUGUUCUCGAUUUUCAUGCUUAUGACAAUCUUUGGCCAACUCGUCCAACAAAUCAUGCCGCACUUCGUCACCCAGCGUGCUCUUUACGAAGUGCGCGAGCGCCCUUCAAAAGCGUAUUCCUGGAAGGCUUUCAUGAUCGCCAACAUCACUGUCGAACUCCCUUGGAACACCCUCAUGAGUGUCCUUAUCUACUUCUGCUGGUACUACCCCAUCGGCCUCUACCGCAACGCAGAACCCACUGACUCGGUAACCCUCCGUGGCGCCCAAAUGUGGCUGUUCAUCUGGACCUUCCUACUCUUCACCUCCACCUUCGCGCACAUGGUCAUCGCAGGCGUGGAAAUGGCCGAAGAAGGUGGCAACAUUGCUAACCUGUGCUUCUCCCUCUGCCUCGUCUUCUGCGGCGUCCUCGCAUCCCCCACACAACUCCCCGGAUUCUGGAUCUUCAUGCAUAGGGUUAGUCCCUUUACAUACCUCAUCUCGGGCAUGUUAUCGACCGGCGUGGCGAAUACAGAAGUACGUUGCGCGCCCAACGAAUACCUCCAUUUCGACCCCACGUCCGGCACCUGUGGGGAGUACAUGGAACCGUAUCGUGCAACGUUUGGCGGGUAUGUGGAAAACGAACAGGCGACAGCAAAUUGUUCGUAUUGUCCCAUGGGUGAUACGAAUGUGUUUUUGAAGAGCGUCAGCGCAAAUUACGCGGAUGCGUGGAGGAAUUUUGGGUUGAUGUGGGUGUAUAUUGUUUUUAAUAUUUGUGGCGCACUGGUGCUAUAUUGGUUGAUUCGGGUGCCGAAGGUUAAGAAGGAGAAGGAGGAAGAGGUAAAGACGAGUGAGACCGUGGAGGAGCGGGAGGAACGGGAGGCCGGACAUCAGGAUGAGAGGGCGGGAAGUGAGGUUGAGGAGUUGGGGACUCGAGAUGAGGGCGAGAAGAGUAAGAGGGCGAGUGAGGUUGAGCCUGGGGACGAGCAUGAGCAUGAGCAUGAGCCUGUAGCUGCUGGAGGAGAUAAGGCGGAGAAGGUAUAGGAUGGAUGGAUGGACUGUUGAUGUGGUUGGUGGUAAUACUUCGUUCUUUCCCGACACCUAGUGUCGAUAUUUCCUUAAGUCUUCGUCUCAUCAUAGAGCGCCUUUCUACGCAGGCAUCAGUUACCACGACCGCCCUGGCACCAUCUUGUCCCCAUUUUCUAUUUGUAAAUCUUAGAUUUGUAUGUUUAACGCUAGACUUUUGAACAGG